AUGGUGGUGGAUCACCCUGAGUUUGAGAAGGCUGGGAAAGCACCAGGUCUCCAAGUCUGGAGGAUUGAAAAGUUUGACCUUGUGGCUGUCCCACAAAACCAGUAUGGAUCCUUUUUCACUGGAGACGCCUACAUUGUCCUGAACACCAUAAAGCAGCGGACAGGGAACCUGCAGUAUGACCUGCACUACUGGCUGGGCAAUGAGUGCACUCAGGAUGAAAGUGGAUCAGCUGCUAUAUAUUCACCGUCCAGAUGGACGAUCACCUGGGUGGUAAACCCAUCCAGAAUCGAGAAGUCCAAGGUUUUGAGUCCCACACUUUCUUGGGAUACUUUAAAUCUGGCAUCACUAAAAACGCUGGCGGAGUGGCUUCUGGAUUCACACAUGUUGUUCCCAAUGAUGUGGCCGUGCAGCGCCUUCUCCAGGUGAAAGGCCGCCGUUUUGCCCGGGCCACAGAGGUUCCAGUGUCCUGGUCCAGCUUUAAUCAGGGAGAUUGCUUCAUCCUGGAUCUGGGUGAUGAGAUCUAUCAGUGGUGCGGUUCCAAGUCCAACAGGUUUGAGAAGUUGAAAGCCACAUCUGUCGCCAAAGAUAUUCGAGAUAACGAGAGACAUGGGCGUGCCAGGAUCUGCGUGGUGGAGGAAGGGAUGGAGCGAGAAAAAAUUAUUGAGGUUCUAGGAGAAAAGCCAGACUUGCCAGAGGGUCCGUCUGAUGAUGUGAAGGCCGAUGUCACUAAUAGGAAACUUGCUAAACUUUAUAAGGUUUCGAACAGCGGCGGUGCCAUGUCCGUGUCUCUGGUUGCAGAUGAGAAUCCAUUUACACAGGCAGCUCUGAAUUCUGAUGAUUGCUUCAUCCUUGAUCAUGGAUCUGAUGGAAAGAUCUUUGUUUGGAAAGGUAAGAAUGCCAACUUGGAAGAGAGGAAGAUGGCCUUGAAGACUGCCACAGAAUUUAUCUCCAAAAUGGGAUAUCCCAAACAGACACAGGUACAAGUUCUUCCUGAGUUUGGUGAGACUCCGCUCUUCAAACAAUUUUUCAAGAAUUGGCGGGACAAGGAGACCACAGAAGGGAUGGGCAUUGCCUACAUCCCCAACCACAUUGCCAAGAUCGAGAACGUUCCCUUUGAUGUCAGCUCUUUGCACGAAUCAACUGCUAUGGCAGCACAGCACGGCAUGGUGGAUGAUGGUUCUGGAGCGAAGCAGAUUUGGCGCAUUGAAGCAUCAGAAAAAGUGCCAGUGUCUGCUUCUCACUACGGACAGUUCUAUGGGGGAGACAGUUAUAUUAUUUUGUACAGUUACAGCCAUGGUGGAAAGAAAGGACAGAUUAUUUACACAUGGCAGGGUCUGGACUCUUCAAAGGAUGAGAUCACCGCAUCGGCAUUCCUGAGUGCUCAGCUGGAUGAGGAGCUGGGAGGAGGCCCUGUACAGGUCCGUGUGGUACAGGGUAAGGAGCCACCACAUCUGUUGAGUUUGUUUGGCGGGAAGCCACUGAUUGUCUACAAAGGAGGGACGUCAAGAGAAAGUGGACAGACGGCAGAUGCAGACAUUCGCCUUUUCCAAGUCCGUGCAUCUUCUUCUGGAUUCACCAGAGCUGUGGAGGUGGAUGUGGCAGCCAGCAACCUCAACUCAAAUGAUGCUUUUGUACUGAAGACACCCUCAACUGCAUUCCUGUGGGUUGGACAAGGGGCCAGUGAUGCUGAAAAGCGUGGGGCCCGGGAACUGAUUAAUGUUCUGGGAGUAUCGGGGUCAACAAUGGCAGAAGGCAGUGAGCCAGAUGACUUCUGGGAGGCUCUUAGUGGUAAAGGACCAUAUCGUACAUCUGCUAGACUGAAGGACAGACUCAAUGCCCACCCACCACGUCUGUUUGCUUGUUCCAACAAAACUGGUCGCUUCAUUAUUGAGGAAGUUCCGGGAGAGCUGACCCAGGAUGAUCUGGCUACAGAUGAUGUUAUGCUCCUCGAUACCUGGGAUCAGGUGUUUGUCUGGAUUGGUAAUGAUGCUCAAGAGGAAGAGAAGAAGGAAGCCGUCGCCUCUGCAUCAAAAUACAUUGAAACUGACCCAGCCAAUCGUGACAAGAGGACUCCUAUUGCGGUCAUCAAGCAAGGCUUUGAGCCACCCACGUUCACUGGCUGGUUCCUGGGUUGGGACAAUGACUACUGGGAGGUGGAUCCCCUGGAGAAAGCCCUGGCGGAACUGAACAUGUGA